UACUGGAAAAGUAUUUGAGGGAAUGAGUUUGGUGUUCACCAGGGGGAUCUGCGGUGGCUUCCUGACGUCCGCUUUAAGGAAGUCCAAAUAGUUGCCGACAAAAAGACUAUUAUUUUUUUUCUUUUUUUAAUUGGCACACUGACUCGUGAUGUCUGCCGGGCACAGUGAGGGACAAGAGGCUAUGAACUUGUACACUGUUACCCUCAGCGGCCCAGCUCCUUGGGGCUUUAGACUGCAGGGAGGCAAGGACUUCAGCAUGCCCCUCUCCGUGUCAAGGCUUACUCCGGGUGGAAAGGCUGCUCAGGCUGGAGUUGGGGUGGGAGACUGGGUGGUCUCCAUCUGUGACACCAAUACUGAGGAUAUGACUCACGUGGAGGCACAAAACAAGAUCAGAGCAGCAACAGAUUCCCUCACCCUGACCCUCAGCAGAGCUUUCAAAACGGGCCAAGACCACAAGGACUCGCAAACUACGGCUUCUGUUCCAAAAUACUCCUUUGCCCCAAGCACAACCAUUAACAAGAUGGCGAGGCCAUUUGCAGCAGGUGGUGGUGCUAGUGCCAACACAGGACCCAUUAUUAAACCUGUGGCCUACUCACCUAAACUUAACACUCCACGCUCACAGGGUCCUGCCAGCACACAGCAGCCACAGAAUGGCCUUGAGCCAACUCCCUCUCCUGCCAAGGCCCAAACUGCAGAUAAACCAGAUGGCUCCAAGACUGGAUCUGCAGCUGCAGGAAGCUCUGGUCCAUCUUGCCGGCCGCCGUGGGUCACGGACGCUAACUUCGCCGACCGCUUUCGCCCAGACAAGACCACCACCGUCGUGACCCAGCACCAGCAACCUGUGCAGCCAACACCCAUGCAGAACCGCAGCUCCAUCCUACAGGCAGCUCAGCAGGCGCCCGAGGACAGCGGGAGGACCCCAGUAUGUGGUGCAUGCAACAAAAUCAUCAGGGGUCGGUACCUGGUGGCAUUGGGACGUUCUUGGCACCCGGAAGAGUUUACAUGCUCACAGUGUAAGGUGGUCUUGGAGGAGGGAGGCUUCUUUGAGGAAAGGGGGUCCGUCUACUGUACAAAGUGUCACGACAACCGAUAUGCUCCUAACUGUGCCAAGUGCAAGAAGAAGAUCACAGGGGAGAUCAUGCAUGCCUUGAAGAUGACCUACCAUGUUCAGUGUUUCAAGUGUGCAGCCUGCAAGACUCCUAUAAGGAACCAAGCCUUUUACAUGGAGGAGGGUGAACCCUACUGUGAGAGAGACUACGAGAAGAUGUUUGGCACCAAAUGUCACGGCUGCGACUUUAAGAUUGAUGCCGGCGAUCGUUUUCUGGAGGCCUUGGGCUACAGCUGGCAUGACACGUGCUUCGUAUGUGCUCUCUGCCAAAUCAACCUGGAGGGUAAGACGUUCUACUCGAAGAAGGAUAAGCCCCUGUGCAAAAGCCAUGCUUUUGCUCCAGUGUGAGAAAGCCGGCUACAUCUUCAGAGGAAGGAGCACAUCUCACUCCACCUCCUCUUUACGCUUUUCCCACCCUCUGACACACUACAUCCCCUCUUUGCCAACCACACACAGAGUUCAGCUCAGUCUUCUCUCUUAUUUUUUUCCUUUCCAUCCUGCAGACUUUGUUUUUACACUUGAGGCUAAAUGCUAGCUUCACAUACUGUCACUUUACUGUGCUGUUAGGUCAGUUCAGAUGUCAUUGCCUGUAAUAACAAAUGCUGUGUUGCAAAACUGGAAGUAAUCAAGGGAUUAUUUCAUGGCAUCAUAAACGUCUUUUUAAGUUGAUGCCAAAAAAAAGGUUGCCUUUAAUUAUUCUGGAUUUAGAUUUAUUAGAGUUGUUGUUGAAGACAUCUCACGUCUCUGCAGCUCUCAUCUUCUUUCAUAGAGAUGUAACAUCAAGGUGAUACCUUCCACUUUAAAGGAGCCAUUGAGUUUCUAAUAAUGGGGCAUAUUGCAGUAAUGAUAUGGCACAUCUCCAGCAAUAAGUGCAGAGAAGUAGUGGCCCCCAUGCAGGACCCUGGCCACUCAUUUACUCUUUCUGCUGUGCCCUUUAGUGUAAUGGAAGCCACUCUAGUAGAAAAAGGGUUGUCGCAUUUCUGCUUGAAUGAACACGUCCUUCCACAAGAGCAUGAAAUGCUGUAUAUUUCAUUUUGCCUCUCGCAAAUCAAAGCACACUGUGCAAAUAUAUACAGAAUUUUCAGUCGUAGAAACCUUUAAUUUGUCAAAUUUCUAUCAUCACAGAUACGAUGGAUGGAGAGCACAAGUGCCUCAGAUAUUUCACCUUCCCGCAGUAAGGCGUUUAGCUUUUUAGAUUCGGGGCAUUUUUAUGUUAAAUAAAUGAAAUUUACCCUCAUGUUAGUGUGAUAUUGUGGUUAUUCCUUAGAAUACUUCCAAUCUCUUGUUGAUGAUGUAUUUAUAUUGCUUCAGAACUGGCUUGUAAGUACUUUUAUAGCUGCUGAAAUUUUCAAAUAAAACAAGCAACAACACAAUAUGAGACUGAUCUGUUUUUAUUUUAUUUUUUGGACAUGAACCCAUCUGUCCUUAUUUUCACAUGCUCACAUGUGAAAAGGUGAGUUAUUUUAAGUUAAGAGAAACUGAAUUCAAAGACAAAUGUUGAGAAAUGUUUGUGCUAAAGAUGGUUUUCUGUGUGUAGCUGUUGGACACAAUGUAAUAUGUUUAAAUGGGGAUUUUUGACCCUUGAAGUAUGGCAAGCUUAGUGUUGACCUUUCUUGACCUGUAAGUCAGGGUGAUAAAUUUUUAUUAUGAAUGCUCACAAGUUGAUUUCAGUUGUGGUACUCUGUGAAAUUUUGCAGUUUCAUCUGAAGCACA